AAUGGAACCCUUAGUUGAAUCGACCGAUUAUGGAAAAGAUGAAGCAAAAUCAUUAUUGCAACAUCAUGCAAGAUUCGAGGAGAUCAAAUCUUACUCCGCUGAUAUUGAGAGAUUGAAUUGUUUAGCUGCUUUCAUGACAAAAGUGGCCAACCAGCACUUGGAUGACCCUACUAGUACAUCUGAUAAACAAGCAAAAUAUUUGAGCAUAACCGAAGCAAAUGACAUAGAAGUUGAAAAAGAAAUUCUUGAAGUUCCUGAACUUGUCAAAGUUGAAGAAAUGGUUGAAAAAGAAGUAAUAGAGGUUGUCGAAGAAGAGAGAAGAAUACUGCAGGCUAUUGGUCUAUUCGGCUAUUCGAACAAUGAUCUUGUUCUAAAGAAAAAUGAUACAGUUUUGGUCUUAGACCAAUCUAACAAUGAUUUGUGGAAUGUCUGUGCAAUCCAUGGUUCAAGUGGUUACUUUCCAAAAAAUAGACUUCAAGUUACAAGCAAUAAGGUAAUAAUCUUAAAAAAGUGGAAACAAUGAGAUGAACAAUUAACUCUGCCUACGAUCACCUAUGCUUGUCAGGAAGAAGAGGACAAAGAAUGUUGGAGGAUACCGCCUUAUACUAUAGAUUUAGGUGCUGAGUAUGACUCCAAAAAGGAACAAUUAUCAGAAAAAGUUAUUGAAGCUAAAAUAAA